GGGGUACUUUAACAGAAAUUAACAGCAACUAUAAUGAAAUCCCAACAUUUCUGAACUAGAAGCAUUUUGUCUCUAAGGGAUGGGAUUACCGGAUUGACAAAUUCUCCGAAUCUGAAAAAAAAAAAAAAAUCCAUCUCUCCAUCUCCCUCCCUCUCCUCCCCAUCCCCUUUCACUCCGCCUCCCCCCCCCCCCCCCCCCCCCGGCACACCUACACUCUGACCAUUUUUAUUUGAGUGGAAAGUUGAAAGCGAACACCACACCGGCUGCACCCAUCCGGCGCUCGUUGGGGUGCCAUAGCAAAGUUCUAGGGCAGAGCCUUCCUGCCCGGAGCCCGCGAUGCAGCCGCCUUCCGAUACCUGCUCAGCUUCACGCCGCAACUGAAGGUCCGCCUGCCGCGGAACAGUUGCGUCUCCAUCUGGCUGCCAACCCACCCAAGCUUUCUUCUCCUCCACCACCACCACCUUCCCUCCUUCCCCCCGCCUCCCCCGCCUUUCCGUCUUCCCUCUCCACCCCCGCCCCCAAUCUCCUCCUCUUUUUCUCACUACAAGCGGUUGCUGAUGCUGAAGCCGAGCGUCACUUCGGCUCCCACGGCAGACAUGGCGACAUUGACAGUGGUCCAGCCGCUCACUCUGGACAGAGAUGUCGCCAGAGCAAUUGAAUUACUGGAAAAACUACAGGAAUCUGGAGAAGUACCAGUGCACAAGCUACAAUCCCUCAAAAAAGUGCUUCAGAGUGAGUUUUGUACUGCUAUUCGAGAGGUGUAUCAAUAUAUGCAUGAAACGAUAACUGUUAAUGGCUGUCCUGAAUUCCGUGCCAGGGCCACAGCAAAGGCUACAGUUGCAGCUUUUGCAGCUAGUGAAGGCCAUUCCCACCCUCGGGUAGUCGAACUGCCAAAGACUGAUGAAGGCCUUGGUUUUAACGUGAUGGGAGGAAAGGAGCAAAAUUCCCCCAUUUAUAUCUCCCGCAUCAUUCCUGGAGGGGUGGCCGAAAGACACGGAGGCCUCAAAAGGGGAGACCAGCUGCUAUCAGUGAACGGAGUGAGCGUGGAAGGGGAACACCAUGAGAAAGCGGUAGAACUACUCAAGGCUGCUAAAGACAGCGUCAAGCUGGUGGUCCGAUAUACCCCCAAAGUCCUGGAAGAAAUGGAGGCUCGCUUUGAAAAGCUCCGGACCGCCCGGCGUCGGCAGCAGCAACAGUUGCUAAUCCAGCAGCAGCAACAGCAGCAGCAGCAACAAACACAGCAAAAUCAUAUGUCAUAGGUCCUUAAAGAGAGGCUACUUGGUCAAACACCUGAUAGUCACAAAUUGGAAACCGUGCUUCACAAUCCCAGCACAUAAUGAAAGGAAAAGACAACAUUGAUAAUUAUACCUGUCAAGAAGCUGUGACCACGUGAUAUAUAAGUUCUUCACCCAGGCAACUCGACACCUUCUUUCUCUGGGGCUGAAUCCCCACUGCUCACGCGCUCUUUACACACACAGACCUUCCAUGCACUGCAGUGGGAAUUCUCAGUGUGUAAAGGGAGCAGUUUUCCGGUCCGCAGACUGAAAUAGUACAAGAAGAAUAAAGUCCAUGACUUUCCGAUAAAUCACCGGGCCAAGAUUAAAUGAAUCUUUGUUCUACAGCUUUUCCAGAGAUUAACAAAUCCCUCAUUAGGCUAUAGUUUAAACUGCAUCAGUUCAAGGUUGUCAUCACUUAAAAGAAACCUACUCAUUGCCCUAUACCCUGACCUCUUCCACAUCCAUAUUGCUGAGUUGUCUGAAUUAGAAUUCCAGUUAAUUGCAAAUUCCACCUUUAUUCCCCUUAUGCUAUAUUUAUACUCUGUUCAGGUUCUAGAAGCAAUUGGCUUUUUAUUUUCUGUUUCCAUGAAUUUUAUUAUGCAUUAAUGGAGAGGGACAAUUUUAGCUCAAGUUUUGGUUUGCUAGAGACACGGAGAGAGAACUCUAGUACUGUAUAUUUUUUUAAUUUAACUAUCACUUGUAUCUAUGAUUAUUAAUUCUAACAAUGUAACAUGUAUUUAUUCCACAAAAUAUAUAUUAUCAGAGUGUAUCUGUUACAAACUGAGGUCUUUUCUUACCAAAUGUUAUGAAUCUGGUAAGAGAAUACUAGCAAAGGACCUAGCUUCAUGAACUGAUCCUCCUGUGAUAUUUCCAUAUAACCCUGCUCUCGAUAUUUGUUUGUUAAGUUUUAUAUUUUUUGAUUGAUAAACUCUGGGUAAGUCAGAAAUCUUUCUGUCUACACUGAUAUGUUGUCAUAGAAAUUUAUUUAAUAUGUUAAAGCCUAUGGCUUUACAAAACUCAAUUAUGAUAUAUGUUCAUACAUAUACAAAUACAUGUGUCACACAAGGUUUAAAUCAGUUUCCCCAAAGACAAAGUGGAUGUUUUUGGCAAUCUAAGAUCAAAAGUAGUAUUCCUUUCAAAAUUAGGCAUAUGUAAAUGAGGAUAUUAAUUUUGUGAAUGAAAAAUGCUGCUCCUUCUAGAGGGAAAAAAUACGUAAUUCAUGACACACAUUCAUAUAGGAAAAUAGACAAUGUGAUAUCAUCUCUCAGAAAGUAUCAUUUGCUAGAAAAUGAGCCACCUCUACAGAUCUUCACUUUUGACUUAUGGUAAAUCUAAGCACAUAAGUCUGAUUUUACUCAUUGGAAUGAAUAGAAAGCAAUAAUUAUUUGCGCAGUUAAAUACCUUAGGCACAAAAAUGUACCUGAAAAAAGAAUACACGUUCAGUUGAAACAUUCUAGAAAGAUGAUUAAAACUGAGGCCAAUAUUUGAAUGUUUCUUUUUCUCAAAUGCAGAAAUUGAU